AACAAGGAAGCUUAUUGAAGUGGAGAGAGCCUAGGUUGUUGCUGUUCACGGUAUCCUAGCUUGUUCGAGGCAGACUUAAUCACAGUGUCCACAACUGGUUCAGACAUAUGAGAGUUGCAGGAUUAUGGGCUACCCUAGGGAAUUGCACAUGAAUUUCAUCGUGUAAUCGAAUUUCAACGAAAUGAUAAUACGAAUUAUUGGAACGGCGCUCAUAUGAUCAUUACAAUGGCAGAGGAGCGAACCCCGCUCAUCGGAGGUGGCCAAAAUGUGCUGGGACAAGCUUCCUACGGGGGAUCCGUGUCUCCUACAAGCCAGGGAACAGGUGAAGGAACAUUGGUGUCCCCAGUUGGUCCAGAUGAAUUACCUCCACCAUACACUCCAUCAUCCAAUGGUGUGCCCAUGGUCACCUGCCGAGUAUGUCAGGCCAUGAUUGACAUCUCUGGCAAAGUAGAUCAACACGUUGUGAAGUGCAACCAGUGUAAUGAAGCAACGCCAAUAAAGAAUGCUCCACCUGGCAAGAAAUACGUUCGCUGCCCAUGUAACUGCCUACUGAUUUGUAAAAGCUCAUCGCAGCGGAUAGCUUGUCCGCGACCAAAUUGCAAGAGGAUUAUCAACUUGUCACCUUCCCCAGCAAAUCCUUCUUGGCCCACUGUUCCAGGAAUGUGUCGUGUUACUUGUGCUCACUGCCAUGACACAUUCAUUUUUAACACACUUAACAACGCUCUUGCCAGAUGUCCACAUUGUAGAAAAGUAUCAUCCGUUGGUCCAGAAUUUGCUCGGUGCCGAGGGAUAGUUUUCGUAGUGGUUGCAUUGAUUUUCCUUGGCAUUGGGAUUGCCCUUACUGUUACAACUCUACAAUACACAUCAAAUUACCCUGGCAUUUAUGUAGCAUAUAUUGUGGCCUUCCUCAUCUCUCUUUUUCUCUUCUACCGAACAGUGUUCUACUGCUCCAUGAAGAUCAGUCUUAUUGAAGGGCCAUUAUAAGUUUCAAAGGCAAGAACUAUUUCUUCAUUAGGCUGGUACCUUCUUGUUUUGUUAUAAAUUUUCAGAUGGUUAGUAGGUUUAAUGGAACAUAAUAGAUUUGUGACUUCCCUUCAUGCUAAUGAAGCUAUGGUGUGAGAUGAAUGUAUGUCAUUGUCUGACUGACCAUCUGAUUUGUAUGGACGAUUGGUGAUUUUGAUCAUUUUGUAACUUUUUUACUUAUUGGUUAGUUUUAAUUAAAAUCUUUGGGCUAUUGUAAUAUUUUUGUAUGUUUACACUUCUGUAUAUCUAUGAAUAAAUUAGCUACAGUUGGUUUUUAUGAUCAUUUUUACCAGUCAUAUAAAGUAUUAAUCUUUUUACACCUAUAUAACAAUUUUAUAUUGUAUUUCAUGUCCUUUAUACUGAAUUUUAUCAGUUCUUAGGAGUCAGAAUUAUGCCACAUGUAUAAAUAAUCAUAAAAAUUUAUAUUACGGCUCCUCGAGAAUAAAUUUGAAUACUACUUUUCAAAGUAAUUUAAUUUAUGGUCGCUGUCCAUCAGUUUAGUUGGAAUAGUGUAGUCAUCUUUCACUUGCUACAAAUAUUGCUAUGUAAGUUAGUGUGAUGAUUUUUUUACAUUCUAAAUUGUCUUUGGGCUCAAUGUUUGCUCUGUUGAACAUGUAACAGUCUUGUUUUCAAUAAGGAUGGGUCAUCACUUCUAGGUUUUUAAUUUGCAUUAAUAGCUAUUGUUCACAUAUACGAGUUAUAUAAAUAUCUUACCUAUAUUAAGGACCCAUUAAUUCCUACAGUUUAAGUGGACAAUUGUCAGGAUGCUUGUGGUAUCUUGAGGAAUUAUGUUAUCAAUAUUAGUAGGUUUUCAAGUCAUUGUAGUUUAAUUUAAGCAUAGAAACCUGUGAUAAGCAAAUGAUCUUAGGAAUCUGUCCUCUGUGUACUGUAAUACUAUUAUGCUCACAUGGUACUGAAUUCUUAAGUAUUCUUGAAAGCUGCAGUUUGUUAGGAUUGUAAGAUAACCCAGUAUGUUUAUUUUUUUUAUAUAUAUAUUUAUAAAAUAUUGAUGAGGGAGUUAGUUUUGUUGGCUGCAGUCAAGUUUAAGAAUUCAAAUCUUUGUAUCUUUAUAUUAUUCGCAGCUUUUAUUAGGUUUGAUUCUUAGAUGUACCGAUCCUGUCAAAUAGUCAUCCAAAGUAAGCCUCAUCAACUGCUGUAUUUGGCUUUACUGAUUUUCUGUUAAAUUGUACAUUAAAAUUAUCUUCCUUGGGAAGUGUAAAAGUAUGAUAUAAACUACUUUUGAAUAAAUAUGAUUUUUGCUUCAAAUUUUUGAAUGGAACAAAAAAAAAAAUGAGGUAUAAUCAGUGGGAUUAAAAAGCUUUAGAAAUAAGGAUGUAUAAUUUAAUAAUAAAAUAUGAUAUGGGAUUACUAUCUAAGGACCAAUUUUAUACACCGGUUUUUUUCCUUAGUGUUAUUGUAUCUUAAAGGGGUGGUCUCAAGGUACUUGCAACUUUGUAAUUUAUUCGUCAGUUUUGCUUAUACUUUCUUCGCUUUGUAAGGGGCUAUAAAUUUCCAUGAGCAUAUUAUUUCAUUUGGACCUGAGCGAUAGAUUUUGGAUAUUUAUAUUUUUUUCAGAAUAGUGAGCUCAUGAUAACCAUUUUAGAGGCAUUAAGCAAACACGAUUCGUAUGGAUAUAUCCCCCAAUAUUACGAGAAAACAACAUUCGAUAUCUUACCGUAACUUGGGGGAGGGGGAAAUGUGCACGUUCUCAUUACCCAGGAUAAAAAUAGGUUUCACGAAUUAUCAUUUACAUUUACUGCAAAUUUUAUUAUAUCUAUUUAGGACAAAAAUAAAAAAUGUUUUUGAAAAAACUAAGUGCUCUAUAAAUAAUCUUGUCCAUAUAAACUGCUGUAAAUUCAUUAUGUUGGGGUGGGAAUUUUUUUGA